UAUAAAUACGGCGUGCGCGCACGUUACGGCAGUCCGCUGCGCUCACCACUGAGAAAUGAGGACGUGGCCGAUCACGAUAUGUGUGGCGCUCGCCUGCGCGGUGUCACUAGCAGUCCCCAUCAAGGAGGAAGCUAAUACCUCGGAGUUAUCCAGGGAAAAACGCUCUCCGGGAGGCUGGCACGACUCACCGCCAGAGGGCGUCUGGAAGAAAAAACUCGUCUGGAAAGAGGAAUGGAAACAAAUAUGGAAAACAGAAAAGAAGUUAGCUUGGAAAACUGAGUGGAAAAAAGAGAAAGUCCCUGCCUGGAAAACCGAAAAAGUCCAACAAUGGAAAGAAGAACAAGUUCCUGCAUGGAAAGUAGUUCAGAAGCCCAUCUGGAAGGAAGUCCAGGUGCCGAUCUGGAAAGAGGUUCAAGUGCCAGACUGGAAGAAAGUAUGGAAACCAGUGUGGAAAGAAAUCCAAGUUCCAGUAACCAAACACAUACAGGUACCCGAAUGGAAGCAGAACUACGUCCCGGCCUGGGUUAAAGAGGGAGUUCCUGGCGAAAAGUACCUAGGAAAAGAUGACCACGGUUGGGAAUACACCAGCCACGACCUCUGGAGAAAGAAGAUGAUCUGGAAGCCAGUGUGGAAGAAAGUUUGGAAGACUGUAGAAAAGCAAGAAUGGGUCACUGACAAGAAACUGGAAUGGAAGGAAGAAUGGAAACAGAUCUGGAGGACAGAGAAGAAACAAGCGUGGGCCACCGAAAAGAAAAAGGAAUGGGUAGAAGAAAAGGUUCAAAUCUGGAAGACAGUUAAGAAAGAAGUUUGGGUACCUGUACAGAAAAAGAUCUGGAUUGAGAAAUGGAAGCAAGUUCAAGUGCCAGUCUGGAAGGAAGUAGAGGUCCCAGCGUGGAAGAAGGUGUGGAAACCAGUGUGGCAGAAGGUCUGGGUACCGAUCCACCACGAACACCACGGAUGGGAUUGAAACUAGGUACGAACCAUGACAUAUCUUUGUAUAUAUAGGAACGUAAUAACAUAGUCAUUUGUUAAUUAAUUGUUACCAUUCGAUACCAAGAUUUUCUUAUUUUUUUUUGUAAAUAUGUUACGGUUAAUACUCAUGGAGCCAGUAUACCGAUUCGGUAAGUAUUUAUUUGGAUGGUAUUUGGCGUACGCGAAGGCGAAUGCUUUUUCUGCAACAAGCGAAUUCGAAAAAUUUAAAUUGCGAAAUGUAUUUGGCUUUGCGUGCGCCUUAGGAAGUGAACUUAAUGUCAACAUCCACUAUCAAAUGUUCAUAUAAUCGCGGGGUCCUAUCGCAAAUUUGAAUGUAACAAUCACAGUUCACUUCUUAACUGAGUUACGGCAACCUCUGGUCCAUUGUUAGCGAAUCACAUAAGAUGUUGAUAAAAUGGUGCCAGAGUUUGCGGGGGUACGAUCAGUUUUACCAUUAUGAACACCUGUUUUCAUGUUAGCCAUAUUCAUGUCGACAGUGAAGGCACAAGGUUUAAACGUUGUUUUUUUCGAAAGUAUACGUAAUGAGGCUAUAUAAUCAUAACAUAAUGCACCAAGUCGGCAAUGAGUACGUCUGUUUAUAACGACAGGUGUAUGCAUUACCGUUUUGGUUGAAAAUCCCUCUACUAAUAAAAAAAAAACAUUUUUGCCAGGGGUUUUUACAUCGAGAAAAUCCAGUGUUAUGUAUACUUUAAAAGUGUUUGAAUUUUUUAUAAGUAGCGGGAUCUGGGGUCAACAUUUUCUGACAAAUUACAAGGUACACUCGACAUCUAAGAAUGUAAGUUCUAGACAUAAAAGGACGGACUUGUUGAUUCCAAAACAUGAGGCUAAAGAUUAGAGGUAACGAUCUGCGGCGAAACGUUUCAGGCUCGUUACCGGACGAUGUAAAAGUACAAUUGUUUUUAUGUUUAUAAAGUAAUUUGUAAGUUCUACAAAUAUACACGUUAAAAAUAAA